AUGUGGUGCUACCAGAAACCGGGGUUUGAAGCCCUCGUCCUCGCUGAGCUGCAGAGACAGCAGCAGUGCAGCCAGUUCUGUGACACUCUGCUUAAAACAGAAGGUAUAUCAGUGCCAGCACACAGCUGUAUUCUCUCAGCCAUCAGCCCUCACAUCUCCUCCGCUCUGUCCUCCGCACCGCCACCCCCUGCAGGACAGAGCCACCUCUUGGAGUUUAAUGCUCUCGGCACCUGCACCCUGCUCCACAUGGUCAGGCUGUUAUACUGUGGGGAGAUGGCAGGGGAGGGGGAGAAGGAGAAGCAAGAUGCUAUUUCUGCUGCAGCCAAGCUGGGCAUCCACGGGCUGGUGGAGGUCGCAAAAGGUGAUCUUAAGGACAGAAAAGAGGACGGGCAGCAUGCGGAGGUAGGAGUGCAGACGGAGCCAUUGAUGCCUGAGGUGAAUGAAGGGAGACGGGCCAGGUGGAGGAGAGAAGUGAGAGAGGGGAGCACGUUUCUGUGGAAAGAGACACCGUCAGAGGGUGAAAUGGACAUGUGGACUCAGACAGAGGAGCUGGAAGUAAACACAGCUCCCACCUCUCAACCAGCAGCCUUGGAAACCAUAGAUAUGUCUGCUCUCCAGAGUUUAGGGACGACAAACUCCCAGCUCGUUCCCCCUAACAUUCCCUACAUCCCCAUAUCCCUCGUCUACCCGCCAGAUGAAAACCAAAUGCACCAACCUUCCUCUGCUCUCGUAGACUCUAUACAAGUAUCCACAGCAGCUGGACACACAUCUGUCGCUGCUGUGGCACCACCGCCCAGCUUCAUCUCCCCACCCCUUCCUUUACCCAGCCAGGUGGCCCUGUGUGCUGCUGACCCUCAGAGCUGGUGGGCGGGCCCCCAGGAAGCAGCCAGCACUGUCAGAGCGGCUGAAGAAUGGGAGGACGAGCAGUUAGAGCAGUUUCAAGACAACAUCCCUGGAUACAUCAGCUACUUCCUGAACCCGCCUGAGGAGGAGGGUCCCCCCAGGGGGCGAGCAGGGAGGAGGCAGGGAGCAGGGGCGGGAGGUGCAAGGAGAGCUGGGACGGGUGAGAGGAGAGCCGCGAGACCAAGAACGGGAGGGAGGGGUAGGGGAAGGUUAACGCAGAUGGUGGAUGUGCAGGAGGUGGGGGUGAGCAGGCUGCAGAAGAUGUUCUUGCAGAGGUGGGGGCUGAGGGCUUCCAAGACAGGUCAGGGCGGAGGAGCUGCGGGCAGGAAGUUGUACCUGAAGACCAGAGAGCUUCUGAAGACCAAUAAGAGGAGAAGAGGGCGCAGCAGUGUGUGGGAGUCCAGCCAGAGUGGAGACAUGCCGCCAUACAGUGGGACAGGAGGAGGUAACACGCAGCGUAAAAGGAGCACAACGCAGCAGUUGAAGCAGGAAGGCCCUCCUGUUGGCAGGGCACAGAGGGCGAUGGCCAAACCAACAACGAAGGCCAAACCAACAACCUCACAGCCUUUUCCAUCACCCGCCCUGCUGCCACCUAAAGCCUCUUACGUGCCUCCAGCCUCGUCCCUCCUCCACAUCACCUCCCUCCCUCCUCCAGUUCCUGCUUCUCACGAGGAACACUUUGAACGUCUGUUGGAGGAAGUGAUGAUGGGCCUCGAUAUUUUACCAAACAACAACGGUGCUCCCCACGCUCAGCCUCUUCCAUCCAGUAGCAGCAGUCAUGCCAACGCCUCCUGUGGCAGUACUUUGGCCCAAAACAAACAACAAGGCCACUCCACUGCAAACUAUGAGAUGCCCGUUCUGCAGCAUCAGGGAGAAGGAGCGCUGAGUGAGAUACUUGAUGACUUCCUCCAGUCCUUUGAGCAGCACAUUGACAGCUGUGCUGCCAGGGAAGAGGUGGAGAUGGGUAGUCGGAGCUGCACAGAGUCUAGUCAGUCUCAUACCGUCCUGAGCAAAGACAGAAAAGCCAAGACGCCUCACAACCAUCAUUUACAGAAUAAACACACAACUGGUCCAGUCAGACACUCUCAGAUAACUGAACUGCAAAAGAGUGAUGCAGCCAGAAGACAGCCGGGACAUUCACAGCCACGCAAGGCUUCUGCUCCCAGUGCCGCUCUAUCCAAACAUACUGAGGGAUCACCGGGGAAAGUCAGAGCACCGGCCAAACGACGGAGGAGAAGAAAAAAUGAGUAUGCAUUUGGGAUUAACGUGAAGGUGAGGAAGUCAGAGCCAAGGAGUAAAGCAAAAGCGAAAACUGUUCAUGACCAAGUAGACAAGCAGCUGCAGCAGAUGCCUGUGGUGAAACUGGAGAGGAGUGUCUCGCUGCCAACCAAAGUUGCACUGCAGGAUGUCAGCUGUCUGGAAGUCAAGGUGACAGACUUUUCAAACUACUCUCCACUAAUGCUCCUGAUGAUGUCUGCUGUCAUCAUCGGUCGAGUCAAAGUCUGA